AUGCGCCGAAGAAUAACAUUUGUCCAGAGGCCGGAAGCUCCCUUUCACGUCGACCAGGCCGUGUUGACAACCGAUGCGCUAUCCAUUACCCACCUGGACGGGGCGCGCGAGGAGCGGGCAACAUUCGGCUUCGAUGAGCUUCCCUCAGAGAUCUGGCAGGUUCUGAAAUCGAGUCACGAGCUUCACAUCCGCUGGGCGACGGAGCGGCCUUAUGAGAUCGGAGCGCCGUUUUCCAGUCGGAUAUCGCCUGGUUUGCAUGUUUACUAUACCCCUGGGACAUCGGGGGAGACAGGGAAGGGAUUGUGCUCGUUAUUAAAAAAGGUAUUCGACGAGUCGCUAGAAUGUGACAGUCUCAGGUCCUCGUUUAUACAACCUCCUAUCCUCUCGGAACGAUUUGCUACCACUGCCGCCUUCCAGUACUACAGUCGUCUCCCCUCCCUGCAGAAUCUCGUCUCGUUCAUUCAACACAAGUUCUGUGGCCGAUCGGACGAGGCAUGCUUUCAUCAUGCAGAAUCAAUACUUUCUGCGGACUCGGUUGAUGUCAACUACGACAGCAUCUCGCAUGCCCUGACCGUGCCUGGGUAUUGGUCGAAAUCACCAGGCCAGGGAUGGACCGAGCAGAUCAAGAAGCAUGCCGCGGAUACACACCAGGUCGAGGUCGGGCUUCUCGGUGUCGAGAGCGCCAUUGAGCCCGAGGAACUGAAAAUGGGUGGUCUACUUGGCGUUGUUGGACAGGACGAAAAGUUGAAACCCACCCUAUUCUCAUUUCCCUCGCGCCAUCAUCCUCUCCCAGCUGAUGCCACCUACACCGUCUCCUUCCCCGCUCCAACUGGGCUCCAUCCCACCCUGACCAUCUCGAUGCCCCGCGCGUCGCUGAAGCGGCCCCCCGCACCGCCGGACGCGACAUGCGCCCUCCACACAUACCUAACCCUACCAUCGUGGAUCUUCGGCGACAAAUACCAGCUCUCAACAACAGACCCCCUCUUCCUCAGUUCCCACAAUCUUGCCGCUCUCCGCGCCGUAGCAGGAGAAACGGACCUCGAAGCCCCAGACUGGUUCGUCUCCCGCUGGGGCUCAAACUGGCUGCUCGAGCUCGCUACGCCCCUUCACCCGGAUACCAGCCCAGAGGAGUGGAACGCCACGAUCCCCCUGCACCUGCGAUACCUGCCCCCCUCUGAGUCCGGUUACCGUUCCGCCGCUGUCCCAUGGCCGAUCGUCUUCUGGGCGUGCACGGCCGAAGACGGCACCAAGAUGGGUGUAAACCCCUUUGAUCGGGUGAAUCUCGGCUGGGAGGGCUUGUUUGGACCCCGGACGAUGUUCUAUCAAUUACACCCGGCGCCGCCGGAGGGUAAGGACCGGCUUGUCGAAGAGCUGGAAGUCCCUGUGCUGGGACUGCGAGAGGAUGGUGGAUUUUUCCGGAGCAGGACCAUCGAGCUGGGGACGGUUGUUGUCGUUGGGCUGGGCCUGUUGUGGGUUCUGUGGAAGCUUGGUCUCGUCGCGUGGACGGCAGGCACAGGGACAAGGACCCAGAGAAAAGACAAGCAGGGCAAGGCCGAGUAG